GGCGGGGCCGGCGCUGCUGGUUGUGCUUGUCGGCAUUCCGCAGUUGGGUUGUCCUUGUUAUGACGCGCUCGUACAAGUCCAUUGAGCACCAUCGCAACUGCCAUGUUGGCCGGCUGGCAAAGCGAAUCCUCGUCGCGCUUCCUGUCCUGGCCAUUGGGGUGGUACUGGCAUGUCGAUGGUGGUUGGAUGCACAGGCCAUGCAGCCACUCGUGGCGGCCACGUCGUCGCUCGUCGUGUUUCCAUUGUCCACCAACACGCCGUAUGCCAUGUCUGGCUCUGUCGAGGAGCCACAUGAACAGCCCAAAAACAACUGGUCCACAUGCUCGCUCGUUCAAAUCAACGCCGUGUAUCGCCAUGGCACGCGAUAUCCCAUGGAAUCCGAUUACAUCAAGAUGCAACGUACCCUUCACGAACUGCAAACUGCAUACAACAGCACACUACCCCAGUGGCUGCAGACGUAUGCGUUUUCGUAUCCCCAAAGCGUGUCGGAACUCCUAGCCCCCGCUGGCGAAGUGGAAAUGGAAGGGCUGGGGCGUCGGGCGCGGAUGCUGGCCGAUCGCUACUCGUUGCCAUCGCGCUACUCCCCCGACGCAUUCGUGUUUGAACAUACACACGUCCUUCGCACAAAGCAAAGCGCUGAACGGUAUACACGUCGAAUUGGCCCAGCAGAGCAAUGGUGUGUCAACAUUCGUAGGUUCGCCGCGGCGUAUUUUGCAGACACACCGUCGCCCCCCAACAUUUCAUACAAGUGCCAACCGCAAGGCCAAGACAUUUCCCUUCGGUUCUUUGACAAUUGCCCGAAAUACAAGGCGUGGGUUCGCUACAGCACCAACAUGACUAUUCAAACCAAAGCGUUUGAAGAGACUAGUCGGGCCUUGGCCAUGGUCGCCCAGCUCCGCGACGCUGGCUUGCACUUGCCACCGUCUGCAUCUUUCCAGUGGAGCCAACUUAUGGCCGUGUACGACGCCUGCGCAUUUGACGUAGCCUUGUUCAACACGUCCUCCAUGUGGUGCUCGCUGUUUCCUACGCGAGAUUUGCUGCUGCUGGACUUUCACAGCGACCUGAAAAAGUACUACGAGUGCGGACCUGGGUUUGCAAUUUCGGUGGCGAUCGCCGCGCCGUUGCUGGCAGACAUGCUGGCCACGAUGACCGCCACGGAUCAUCCUGGUUCUGCUGCUAUUGCGUACUUUCGCUUUGCCCAUGCAGAAACAGUGCUUCCAUUGGCGUGUUUGCUGGGCAUGUGCUCGUCCACGUCGCCCCUGGUGGCAUCCUGGACAGAGGCCCAGAUCCACCACCGGCAGUUCAAAGUGUCGCGGCUGUCCCCAUUCGCUAGCAAUCUGGCGUUCCACGUGUACAAGUGCGGGAAGAACGAUGAAAAACGAGUCAAAUUCUUGGCCAACGAAGUCGAAGUGGACAUGCCAUUCUGUCACGAAAAGGGAUAUUGCACGUUGGACGAUCUGCAACAGCACUUUUACACGGCGGUGGCAUUUGACUUUCAAAACGAGUGCAAGCUGUAACAUGUAACGAACGGUAUUCCCAA